AUGAGCACAACCCACAGCACAGCGAACACAGGAGCGCAGUCGUGUUACUCUCAGUUCUACAUGGAGAAAUCAUUCAUCUUACUGAUUGUCACCAUCACAACAGAUUACAGUGCUGGAGAUUCAAUUACACCACUCAGUGAUGUAGUUCAUGUUUUGGAGGGAAACAAUGUUACACUUUCCUGCAACUACAGUGGUACUGUUAGUAGCAUACAGUGGUAUCGACAGUACUCCAGAUCAAAACCAGAAUAUCUCCUGUUAAUUUUAGAAUCCACAGGAAAGGUACAGGAAGCCAGUCCUCCAAAUCCACACCUGUCUGCUAAAGUUCACAAAAAGAACAACACUGUGGAUCUGAAGUUCUCCUCUACAGCACUGACAGACUCUGCGAUGUACUACUGUCCAUUUCAGCUGGAGAUGAGAUUCAACAGAAGGAGUCCUUGCUGUCGAAGGAAGAAGGACAGAGUGUUUCUCUGGAAUGUACCUUCAGCACAACCAGCACUAGAUACUGGAUCCACUGCACUCCUAGAUUACAGUGCUGGGGAUUCAAUAAUACCACUCAGUGACGUAGUUCAUGUUUUUGAGGGAAACAAUGUUACACUUUCCUGCAACUACAGCGGAUCAGCUAACUCUUUCCUGUGGUAUCGGCAGUACUCCAGGUCCAACCCAGAAUUCCUCUUGCUCAGAUAUGAAUCCUCUGACAGAAUAAUACAUGCGACUCCACCAUUCCCUCAUCUGUCAGUUAUACUAGAUAAAGGAAACAACCGUGUGGAUCUGAAGUUCUCCUCUACAGCACUGACAGACUCUGCGAUGUACUAUUGUGCUUUGAGGCCCACAAAACUCCUGGAUAAGACGUACAACACAAAAAGUAAAGACAACACUGCCACCUAG